GACUGAGAGCGAGGGGUCGGACCGCGGCGGCGGGGAGGACGGGCGAUUGACGGAGGAUGACGUUAGCCCUGGGGAGGACGCGGACGGGCUCAGCUACUGCGAGGUCCACGACAUCCCCCCGCCCCCGGAUGGCGGCUACGGCUGGGUCAUCGUUAUCGCCUCCUUCAUGUGCAACAUGAUCGUCGACGGCAUCGCCUACACAUUCGGCGUGUUCCUCGGCGAGUUCGUCAACUACUACGGCGAGGGGAAGGGCAAGAUAGCCUGGGUCGGCUCCCUCCUCUCUGGCAUGUACCUCUCUGCUGGUCCGCUUGUUAGCGCACUCACAAAUAAAUUUGGAUGCCGGACUGUCUGCAUCUCUGGAAGCAUAAUUGGUUGUGCAGCUUUUGUUCUCAGCACUUUCUCUCCAGAUGUCAACAUGCUUAUGAUUACAUAUGGUAUUAUGGGAGGUAUCGGAUUCGGCCUGAUUUACCUACCUGCUGUAGUCUGUGUUGGCUAUUACUUUGAGACCAAGAGAUCUUUAGCCACAGGUAUUGCUGUAUGUGGUUCAGGAUUUGGAACAUUUGCUUUUGCACCUUUUGCCACUUUACUUCUUGAAUAUUAUGAUUGGAAAGGGGCAAACCUUAUAUUAGCAGGACUUAUUCUCAACUGUGCUGUUUUUGGAGCUUUGAUGCGUCCUUUAGAAUUUCCAAAAGGUCCAUCUUGCAAACCGUUGCUCCAGAGGAUGGCAGAUGAAAAAAGAUUCCAAAUGGAAAGAGGGUCAAUUGGUGGAUCAUAUUUCAUCGUUCAACUACCAGAUGGCUCAAUGGAGAAAAGAAUGAAAAUGCCUAUCAACAUAGAUCCUGGGGUACAUUCAAGUUUCAACUUGAAUGAAUUGGUACCAGGCACUCCAAUCACACCAGUUCCAACAAUGCCAGUCCUACCAACUAUAACUGAAGCGAAAAUUCCUGAGCAGAGUGGCAGUUCUGGUAGUUCAAGUUCCGGUAGUGCAACUGAACUGAAGAUAAAAGAUCACAGCAAAACUGGUGAAAAAGAAGAAGUUAAAAAACUGGAAACAUCUAAAACAUCUCUCCCUCGCAAUGCUUCCCAACCAGCAUUUUCGACUCAAGUACAAGGUCUCCCUAAAAAUGGAUCAGUUCCAUUUUUUGACAGACUCAGAAAGCCCAGCACAGGAGAAAGGUUCAAACCGACUUUGCAGGCUAUCAAGGUUUCGAGACCAAAUAUCAGCUCAAAUGGUGACGUUAGGCGCUCAAUGCAUCUUAGGCUGUCAAAUGCUUCAAUAGUCAGUGGAACGACCAAUAAAAAUAACAAUGCUGAUGAUAUGUGGUCUAAAACAGAUAUUGAUGUUGAAAGCGUUUGCUUUGCUACUAGUAAGAUAAGCAUGACAGCACGGAAGGAACUCAUCCGCCCUCUCUCCCGAAAAGAUAUAUUCUACUCUGGCUCUGUAGUCAAUCUUCCUGAAUACCAGUCUCAGAGAUCUAUUGGGAUCGAGCGCUCAACUGCAUCUAUGCUCCUCUCUAUUAUCGGUAUAACAAACACCAUCGGACGUGUCGCCUGUGGGUAUAUUGCUGAUUUUCCUUCAGUGAACUCCCUUUUUCUUAACAAUAUGAGCCUUGUUGUUUCUACAAUUGCAGUCACUGCUACACCAUUCUGUAAAUCAUUUACAGCAUACGUCAUAAUGGCUAUAUUCUUCGGGUUGGCAAUUUCUGCUUACAUCUCUCUCACCUCCAUCAUUUUGGUUGAUCUUUUGGGUCUGGAUAAACUCACCAAUGCUUUCGGCUUGCUCAUUCUUUUCCGUGGCGCUGCAGCAAUUUUCGGCUCUCCACUUGCUGGAAUGAUCUACGAUGCUACCAAAAGUUAUUCCAUUCCAUUUUAUAUGGCUGGGUUCCUCUUCCUGUUAUCUACCAUCACAUCUUUCAUGGCACCAUGUAUGAAAAGUUGUGUCCCUGCUGAUGACGGCCCUCCAGUUUUAUUGGAUGCUCUCACCCCAAUAGAUGAGGAUGAUGAAGAAGGUGAGGAUGAUAUACCUGAGAUAAUCGAAACAGCGCCUUCACCAGGACCGACUUCUUCAUCACUGGAAAUCAAACAGAUUGAAUCUGUUUUGUAAAGCCAACUAGUGACUAUAUUGAACGGAAAAGCUUUUUGUCAGUCCUAUAGUUUUAGGAUUUUUCAUAUAAAGUUUCGUUAAUUGUAAAGUGUAUAUGAUGUCAUAUUAUUAAUAGUUCAAAGAGCCCUUUUAAGAUUUAACCCCAUAAGAUUUACAAACUAAGAUAGUCAAUUAAAGAAGAGUUCUUCUAUAAAAAAAAAUAUACUGUCUUGUAAAAUGAUUAUUGUAUAUUACCAUGUUAUAUUAAGAUCUUGAAAGAGUGUGGCCUUUAAAGUGUAAUGAAUUAUAAUCAGAUUAAUAUUCAUCGGAUUUUAAAUGAAAUGUUCUAGUUAAUGAGGAGGGUAAUAAACAAAUUAAAUUGUUAUUAGAUUAAGUAUUUUUUAUUCGUACUUAGCAGGCUGAUAUUCAUUAAUUAGUUUCAAUAGUAAAAUUAAUAUAGUAUAAAUUCAAAUAGUUCAAAUGUAUAUUACCAGAAAUAAUUUUUUUAGAAUCGUAGUAUGGAAAAUAAAAUAUAUUUAUUGAAAAAUGUAAAUUUUCUUAUUUACCAAAUUGUUUUAAAUUGAUUUUUUAAAGUUGUGAAUAUUCACUAACAUGAAUUACACUUAAUAUAUAGCAGCAACCAUUAAGCUGUAUAGCUAAGACCCAAGUACCUCAUGACUUUCAGUGUUUAGUUGUUUGUUUUUAAGUUAAUAAAAUGUGUAUUAAUUUGUAUUUAUAUACCACUAAAUAACCUUUUAUUAACCAUGUAUAUGAUUUUUUUUUUAGCAAAACUUUAUUUAAUUGUACAUAACAAUACCAUAUGUAUAUCUUUACAAUAAAUAUUAUAGAAUACAGCAAUAUUAUGUUAUAUAGAAAAGGUGAUAAUGAUUGCAAGGAUUGAUUUUAUAUGAUUUAGUAACACUAUUUAUUCUUAUUGUAUAGAUCACAGUUAUGAGAUUAAUACUUUAUACUUUAAUUAAUACUAAUGUUGAUUUACAUAUUUGUUAUUUAGAGCUAUGAAAUUAAUUGAGAAAAAUUACUAAAAUUAAUUUACUAUUUUUUUUUUUUGUACUUAUUUCUCUUAUUUACUUUUACAUAUAUGUAGGUUUAUUUUUGAAUUUUUCUUAUGUACUUGAAUGUCAGGAGCAAGUGCCAUUGUGUAUAUAGUAGUAAUAAUUUAGGAACAUAAGUCGAUAAAUUGUUUUUCUUAUGCUAAUGUAUUAUGUUUGUGUUUUUUUUUUUUUCAAUAUUGGAAUAUUUGUGUUGACUAAAUCAUAUGAAAUACAUAUCUAUAAUUAAAUUACUAUUUUUAUAUAACAUCAAGAAUGUGGCUUAAUUUUAUUUAGAUUUUUGUGUAGUGAUUAUUAGAAGCAGUAUUUAAACUUGACACUUGUAAGAUAACAUGCGAGCCCUUCUCGAUUGAAGAACCAUUCUAGGUUAUAAGUUAUUACUGUGAUACAUAAUACUAGUAUUUGAGAAAUACGAUAUAGGACAGGUUCUCGGAACGUUUUGAUGGAUUGAUAUAUUUUAUUUCAUGUUUGAAAAUGAGUUUAAUAAAUUAUCGAAAAAAUUAUUUAAAGUAUUAAUUAUGUAGGUAAUGAAUACAAAUUUUAAUGCCUGUGUAUCAUAACAGGAACAUGUUAGAGUACAUCAUUAAAUUUAUUUGGAUCAUUUAAAUGCUAUUUUUAAAAAUAAGAAUAAUAAAUUUGUAUCUCUUUAACUAUUGUUAUAAUGUAUAGUGGAGUAUGUUUUUUAUGAAUGUAUGAUCUAAAAAUUUGUUGCCAUUUAAUUAAGUUAUGGUGUUUAAAUACUUUUAAUGUAAUAUAAAUUCAAAAUUUAUAUAUUUAUAAUAAACAAACAUAAUUUUUUGUUGACAUUAGUGUAUAUCUUGCAGCUGAGCAUUGGUUAAAGCUGCCAAAAUUAUAACCUGCUUUGACUUGACAAGAUGUAAAGUUGCAUUCCACCCAUUAUUGAAUUUAGUGACAUGCAAUAAAUUUUCUUAAAUAUAUAUAUAUGUAGGGACGUAUGUAUAUUAAGGAUAUGUACUUAUCCUUGGUACUUAUAUUAAAGGAAAAUCACAAUGAAUGGAACAUACCGUAACACCAGACAUGUGUUAUCAGUUGAAAUUAGACAUUAAGAAAAUUUGUGGUACUAAGUAGUUGUAAAUAACAAUACCUGAGUGUGUUCGAUGUUUGGAGUGAUUUUCCCAGAAUAUACAAACUCAAAUCGUUGACUGUUGAACACUUGAUAAAUACAAGAUCUAUUUUUGUAGGUAAUGUUGAGUCAUUUGUCUGGGACUAAUGGAAGAAUAUGUGAGAUAAAUGUGGAUCAUGGUCUAGGGUGAGUGAGAAUUGCCAAGAGACCUUUAUAUUUUAAUAUUCUUCAUGUUUUGUUUGUUCUUAUUAUUUCGUCUCAAUUAGAGAAUAUAGUGGCUCUUUCACUGUCACUGAUGAUUUUCUCUUUUUUUUUUCUUUUUUUUUUGCUUGGCACAUUGCAAAUUUAAUAUAAAUGAAAAAAUUAACAAGUGUAAAUAUGUUAGUGAUAAAAAGAAAUUAAUAAAAUCAUUGUAAAACUGA